AGAUGAAUAUUUAGAUGAAAACACUCUCGUAUUUGUCGUUCAUUAUAUUGGUGGAAGAGAAAACUCAAGUAAAAAGAAACAGUACAAGAUAAAAAUUGGUUGGAUUGUUAUUGGUUAUCCGGAAAAGGUUAUAUUUGAACAAAGAAAUAAUGAAAGAAAUUGUGAAAAGAUGAUAAGAGUAGAAAUAGAGAACAAUCAUUCAUACAGAUGUUCUAUAAACCCUUCUUCAAGUAGCGGUUGUAAAUUAGGAAUAAAAGUCCUGAGCAUUAUUGAUGUACGAAAUACUAGAUCUCAAUUAUUAAAAGUGAAAUGGACAAAUUGUAAGAAAUUUAAAUUAAAUACUGAUUGCAUUGACGACUAUAAAAAAUUAACUGUCCCUGAAGAUGAAGAUAGAAAAACCCUCUCUUUAAUUCUUAAAAAUUGUGGCAAAAUCAAAGAAAGAUACAAAUUCGAAUUUUUGAAAGAAAAUAUCUCUAAUGAAUUUUAUUUAACUUGCUAUGGAAACAAUCUCAUGAAAGCACUCAUUGAACUAAAGGAGGAUAAAUGGAUUCGAAUUUUAGGUGGUGAAUGCGUCGAUAAGUGUGUGCAAGAAAAUAAUCAUUUGAUUUCUAAAAUUUCUUUAUUGAGUAUUAUUUUUGAUAACUUUAAUGAGUUAUCAGAAAAUCAUCCUGCAUUUAUAUCAAGUACUUUAUCUAAGAUAGGAUUUGUAGUUCCUUCUACUAAAGUAAAUUCAAAAUCUACUUCUUCACAUCUUUCCAGUUAUGGGAAAUACUAUCAUUUAUAUAACACAUCAUUUCUUGAUAUAUUAACUUCUAUUCUCUGGGAUCAUUGGAUUAAUUUUCAAAAAAGUUUUCAAAUUAAUUUUCAAAAAUUUCAAGAAAGUCAUCCUCCUUUUCAAAAUUUAAUUGUAAUUCCUUUUCAAGAUUUAAUUGUAAAACCAGUUAUCGAUUUUUACGAUGUAGGCCAUAGUACAACAAUACUUGCAAUUCCUUUACCAAAUUUUGCUUCUUACCCAAAAAAAUAUAAUUUUUGGAAAGAAUUAUUGAAACCUAAUUAUCCAAGCUAUUCCACUGAUCCAAAUGAUCCGUGGAAUUUAGCUACAACUUAUAACACUAUAGACCCUAAUGGUACGAUUGAAGAAAACUCCUCACUUAUUGAACCUCCUACUGCUACUACAAAUAUGUUUAUGUUGAUGGGUUCAGCAAUUGCUGCUGUUUAUAUUAUGCUAACAGAUAAAUGGACAGGCUAUAAAAAACCUUAUAUUUCCAAGGCUCUUAAUGAAGUUCUUCUGCUUCCAGAAGAACAACCCUCUCUUAAGAAUAUUGAGGGAGCUGUUAAAGAACUACCUAAUCUUAGAGGCAGACCCGAAGUUCUGGUGAUUACUGCCGCAGAAUCUAAUUCAAAUGAUCUUUUGGAAGUAUAUAAAUUUGAGUCACUAGAUGCUGCAGCG